AUCUACAAACACUCUUCAAGAAAAACAAUCGACUCUGAUUGAUGAUGAUGAUGGGUCUUCUUUACUUGAAGAACCAUGACAACAACUAAUUGAGCUCUACUCCCCACUACCCAAAAGGCAAAAGCUGCCAUGGCCUCUCUCUCCAAACCACCGCUGCUCGUCCACAACCACCUAAGCUCCCUCGCUCUGAUUGGUCCCGCAACUCUCUCCUUCCCCAUCGCCAAAACGACGUCGCUCCGCACCCGCCUCUGCGCGCUGAAGACCGGGGCCGACGGUGGAAGUAGAACCGGGCGGCAGGAGGCGGACGGGCCGGAGCUGCUGCGGAAGCCGGUGGUGAAGGACGUGGACGUGGAUGGGAUUUCGGAGGAAGAUGAAGGUGAGGAUGGGAAAUGGGUUGAUUGGGAAGAUAAGAUUCUGGAAGACACGGUUCCGCUGGUUGGGUUUGUGAGGAUGAUUCUUCAUUCUGGGAAAUAUGAGAGCGGAGAUAGGUUGAGUCCCGAGCAUGAGAAGACUGUUCUUGAGAGGCUGCUUCCGUUUCAUCCUGAAGCUGCAAAGAAGAUCGGUUCCGGAAUUGAUUACGUCACGGUUGGUUAUCAUCCAGAUUUUGAAAGCUCAAGAUGUUUGUUCAUCGUUCAAAAAGAUGGCACAUUGGUCGACUUUUCAUAUUGGAAAUGCAUAAAGGGGCUGAUUAGGAAGAACUAUCCCUUAUAUGCUGACAGCUUCAUUCUAAGACAUUUUCGAAAGCGUAGACGCGGUGUAUGAAGCCAGAAUCAUCAUUCAUCUGACUUUGUAUAACCUGUAUGUUAAGGAAAAAUUUCAUCGAUUCUGUAAUGCUUGUUAUAUGUCAAUUUUUGAUCCUAAUAUUAUGUCAUUUUUACGUGUUAAGAGUGAGAUGUCAGAAAGUAAUAGUAGAUAUUGAGAAUUCUUUCAGAGUACAUGCAAUUUGUGUAGUAAAAAUGUGGUAAAGAAUGCUGUGAAAUAAAAUUGUAUUUGGUCUUCGUUUUUAA